AAUAUGGGCCUUGAAAGACUGAAAGAGAUGAAGAGUGCGCAGCGCGUGAAAGCAACAAUAAUCUCUGGAUUCCACAACUCCUCUCCUCUCCUCUCCUAUCCUCCCAACGGUUUUUCUUCUUCUUCCUUCCUUCCUUCUGCAACCAACUAAAAAAUAAAAGCAGAAACCGCUUCGGCUAAAGAAAGCUCCCUCUUUCCUUCCACAAUCUCGCUGAUCGCCGCCGGUAAGAUUCGACUCCCCCGAGAGUAACGAACACUCACCGUCCUUUUUAAAUCAGUAUCAGGAGAUGUUGUCGCACGAAAACGGUAAUUGGAUAUGCGACCUGAUCGAUGCUGACUACGGGGGGAGUUUCACAAUCCAAGGUCCUGGUUUCUCUUGGCCUCUUCACCAACCUAUUGGCGUCUCUUCAAACAACUCCAGCGUGGGAGUUGAUGGCUCGGCUGGCAGUUCUGAAGCCAGCAAGGAACCUCCUGUCUCCAGAAAGAGGUCGAGAUGUGAAUCAUCAUCUGCCACUAACUCGAAAGCAUGUAGGGAGAAGCAGCGACGUGACAGGCUGAACGACAAGUUUAUGGAAUUGGCUGUGAUUUUGGAGCCCGGACAUCCUCCCAAAACAGACAAGGCUGCAAUCUUGGUCGAUGCUCUCCGCAUGGUGACACAGCUACGUGGCGAGGCACAGAAGUUGAAGGACUCCAAUUCAAGUCUUCAUGACAAAAUCAAAGAGCUAAAGACCGAGAAAAACGAGCUGAGAGAUGAGAAGCAAAGGCUAAAGACAGAGAAAGAUAAGCUGGAGCAACAGCUGAAAGCCAUGAAUGCUCCUCCUCAACCAAGCUUCUUCCCAGCCUCACCUAUGAUGCCAACUGCUUUUGCUUCUGCACAAGGCCAAGCUCCUGGAAACAAGAUGGUGCCAUUCAUUAGUUACCCUGGAGUUGCCAUGUGGCAGUUCAUGCCUCCUGCUUCAGUCGAUACUUCUCAGGAUCAUGUCCUUCGUCCGCCAGUUGCUUAAAACUGGGAGAAAAACAAACCUCCAGAAAAAAAAAAGAAUCUUCAACUGGUUUGCUUCUUGUUUCCUCUGAAAAAAAGAAAAGAAAAGUCCAUUUGUUUUGCUCUCCUCUCCCUCAGCUUUCUUUAGUCUUAUCGGUGUUAUGGCUAUAUAACUGUUAUCUGUUGGAACGAUGUUAUGACAUUGUAAACUCCAAUUGCUUGACGCAAUGUUAUCUAUUCACAUGUAAAUUUAAGUA